CCCGCUUCCACACCGAUACUAGUCUCAGCCUCAUUCAGUCGCCAUCCCCGAGGACAUUCCGUCCACUCACGCACCGCACCACAAUAGCCGCACCCGCCAAAUGGACUCCCUACCCAACGCCACCGAGGCGGAAAUCUCGUUGUCUCCGCAGGAAGUCGAUCUCCUCCGCGAAGCAUACUUGAAGGAGGAAAAGUCCCGCCCGCAGACAAAGUUCAACUAUGCUUGGGCGCUAGUGCGAAGCCGCGCUAGGACUGACCAGGAGAAGGGGAUUGAGCUUUUGCACGAGAUUUACAAAGAAGUCCCCAGCCGUCGUCGCGAAUGUCUCUAUUACCUAGCAUUGGGAGAGUACAAGAUGGGCAAUUAUCGCUAUGCCCGCAAGUACAACGAAACCCUCCUCCAACUGGAGACGAGCAAUCGGCAGGGGCUGGCUCUUAGGCAGUUGAUUGAUGCGAAAGUCAAGUCUGAGGGACUCGUGGGAAUGGCGAUCGUAGGGGCAGCGGUUGCGGCGCUUGGGAUACUCACCGCGACGGUCUUCAGGAGAGCACCGGGGGACCACAGAUAGACGUGUGGAAGUGAUGGAUGUCGCCAUAACGUCCUGCGGAGCCAUCCAGUCCGAGGGUCAAAUCGGCAAGAUUUCAACUG